AAGUGGUGUUGUUGUGUCAGCUGCUCGACGUCGGGCUGGAAACUUCUCCCUGUCGCCUUAUUUAUCCAAUUUUCACCUUAUUCACGCCUCCCGCGACUAAAACAUGGAUGAUAACACACAGAACGAAGAGCACCAGUUUGUUGUGGAUGAGGUGAGCACAAUCAUCAAAGAAAGCAUAGAAACCGUAAUAGGUGGAAAUGCAUACACAAGCGCCAAAGUAAACAACUGGACGUCGCAGGUGGUGGAGAACGUCCUCGGAAACCUUUCGAAACUCAACAAGGCCUUCAAAUAUAUCGUGACGUGUGUCAUCAUGCAGAAGAACGGUGCAGGGCUACAUACGGCCAGCUCGUGCUACUGGGACAACACCACCGACGGCUCGUGCACUGUCCGCUGGGAAAACAAAACGAUGUAUUGCAUUGUCUCGGUAUUUGGGUUAGCCCUCUGAAGAUUCUCAGGGACACAAGACUCCAGAAUAUUUAUAAUGUGAACUAAAAACUGGAUGCUGGUUUAUAGUGGUACUGGCCAGUGGCCGGUAUAGUGAUGUUUUAUCACACCAUUGAGAUGCCUCUUUAUAAAUUUGAGAAGGAAAGAAAAAAUGGCCAAUGAAGGACAAAACAAAUGUUUAUAUUAUUGAUAAUGCUUAUGCUAUCCAUAUGUAGAUAUUAAGUUAGUGCAGCUUAUAUUUUAUUCCAGAUGACCAAUGAUCACAAUCAAGAAAGCUGCUGCUUUCCUUUUUUUUCUUUUUUUUUUCGUCCUUUUUUUUUGGGCUGUAUGUGAUAAAGACAUCAUUUACCCUGAUAUAACUGCUGCGUUCUUCAUUUCACUCAUGCAUAACGUGACCAUGUUGACCGCUCCACGGAUUGGAGAUGCUUGGUUUUACCCCUCCUUACUCAGUGUCAUACUAGUGCCUGCUGCCUUACAUACAUGGUGUUUCCUGAGAUGUCAUGCUAAUGUAUAGGUAUAUGAUGUGAAUAUUGUGCUAACCCCUUAAGUGCAUUUUUCUUGGUUAUGAGGAUAUAUAUUCAGAUGGGAAUUUUUCUGGGGUUUGAGAUGCAAUGACUCUUGGAUUGUAUGACUGUUUUGCAGAAAGCUCUGGCAAGAGAUUGAUGGAGGCAAAAUAAAAGAAUAAAACCUAUUUCUUUGAUGAUGAAAUGUUUCCUCAGUCUUGACAUGACGUAGCUGGAAAGGAGGUCCGUUGAGAGGGAUAAGUAAACCUGUCUUUCAUUACAGUGUUGUUUUACCGAGAAAGUCUCACCUGUUGGAAAUUCGUGGCUGGUUUCUUGUAUACAGAAAGUGCAUCAACAGUGAUGAAUAUUUUGCAGAAAACAAUGUGAUGUACAUUUUUAAAAUUUUCUUAAUCCUUGAUAUUAAAUGUUUGUAUAAUCCCGUUGCAGUAUCUGUUAUCUAUUCAGUUUGGAUAUAUAAUACUAUAUAAUAAUAUAUAUACAUGACAUGUACUUUAGCUGAACACCUUUGGUUUAUUUUUUUGUUAUUACUAUUAUUUAAUUUUUGUCUGGUGUCACAUUAGAGGUAAUGUCUCAGCAAAGUUUUAAGUGUUAUUGCAGAUGAGUUUAUAAAUUAUUUUUAAGUUUAUGGAAGUCUGCUUCAGUUGUAUUAGUUGUCUGAUGAUAGGGAAUGUUGCAAAUGUUCUGUCCAAAUCGAAAUAGCUCAAAGGUUCCUCACAUGCAUAAAAUAAAUGUGGAAAGGGUGGAAGCUAUGUUAAUAUGAUAAAGAAAUGAAGCCAUUCUUAAUUUCUCUGUGAAGCGGAGAAUUAAGCCUUUUUUCUCUCUUGUUUUAAAUCAGGGGGAAACAUUAGCAAAUAAGUAAGAUUUGUUUGCUCAUUAAGAAAAUACAAUGUAAUAAAUAACAAUGAAAAGAUACUGAUAAUUAAUGUUAGUAAAAUAUUUUUGCUCUGUAGCACACCUUCUGUCCUCUUUUGUAAAAGGAAUCUGAAACACCGUGUUUUUUUCCCUUAUUUUUUCUUCUCAAAUAGGAAUUUGCCUUCACUGUAAAUCAGAGAUAUUCUGUUUUAAAGCUUUAAGAUGUGUAUUCAGAUAUUACUUUGUUUCUGAAUUUCAUAAGAAAAUAAGAAAGGCACACAUUCAUUCCAUUUAUUUCAGAUUCAUGCUUUCUCUUCAGAUGAAUAUUUUAAAAGACGUUCUCCGGCUAAGUCAUUCUUGUGAUUCGGCAAACAGGGACUAACCUUGAAUUGCUGUUAUGUAAGUGAUCAAACAGUGACUAUUUGUUAGACUAUUUCCUAUGUAUAUCACCUGUUAUUUGAGUUUUUCUCUCGCCAUAUUUUUAUCCGGAGAAAUGGAUUCCUCCUCAGUAGCUGUUUAUGCAAUGUUUUGAAUAAAAUGUACUUCACCUGAUAUACAAUUUAUAUGUCCAAGAGAUUGUUGCUAAGAGAAUAAAAAGGUAACAAGUAA